UCAUCCAUGAGUUGCAUCAGCCCAUCAGCCCAUAGAUAAGAACCAGCAAGUGGAAACAGAAAAACGUUUCAUCAGUGCGUGUGUCAUCGAUUCGACUGAUUCAGUCACGAGAAGCAAGUACAAACGUCUAGUUUAACUAUCGGUGCUAAGACAAUUCAGAUAGCAACGCAAAAUGGGAGUUCCUGCUGGUGAUUUUGAAAAAGGAAAGAAGCUUUUCGUUCAAAGAUGCGCUCAAUGUCAUACCAUUGAGGCAGGUGGCAAACACAAAGUAGGUCCUAACUUACAUGGAAUAUGGGGUAGAAAGACAGGUCAAGCACCUGGAUACACUUACACCGAAGCCAACAAAGCUAAAGGUAUUUCAUGGAACCAAGAUACGCUCUUCGAGUACUUGGAGAACCCGAAAAAGUACAUUCCAGGUACAAAGAUGGUGUUCGCCGGAUUGAAGAAACCCCAAGAACGGGCUGACCUUAUUGCUUACAUUGAGAAAGCCAGCAAGUAAAAUAUAAAUUGAAACUUCAAUGCAUGAACAAAUUUCAUCAAUGAAGACGCAAAUUGAUCAAAUAGUUAAAUUAUCAUCUUUAAAAUUUGCGUAUUCUCUGUCCAGUCAAUUGGUAAACAUUUUCUCCUGUUAAUUCUCUUUCUAUGCGAAUCAUCCAUCCCUGAACAUCUUGGAAUUAUUCGAUGGUCUUCGUGAAGAAUAAUUUUAGGGAUGUUGCUAUGGGAAAUUAGUAAAUAAAUGUUAUUAAAAAUAAGUAGAUAAUUGAACAGUAUAAAGAUAUCAAUUUGUGCAUUUUGAGAAAACGAAAAUCUCAAUUGUUAACGAAUUGAAAUUUAUUUAGAUCUUUGUGAUCAAAAUAAAUCAUUGUCAUUAUUUAUUUAUUUUAAUUGUGUACAGUCAAUUCAUGUAAUUCAUCAACAUUUUCGUCAAUAGAUUCAAAAUAUAAAUUC